AUGCCAUCAAUCAAGGUAAGGGAUUGGGCCGAACUCGCUCCAGACUCCGUCACCUUCAAGAACGCCAUGAGGGUCCGCAAGCUGAAGGACAACGAGAAUGAUCCCAAGCCGGUACCACAUACAUUCAUCUAUGCGACACGAGGGAGUUUGCCCGGGGAAGGUCGUGGAGUGGGCUUGUCUGAGCGUGUGCCCAGGGAUUUGAGGUCUUCAGAUGCAAGAGAAGCUCGCAAGGACUUAUUCUGUCUAGUGAAGCACGAGAUGUCCGAUGAGAAACUGAGCCAAGAACCUUUGUUGGUGUGGCCGGCUGCGCUGCAUCAGCGGUCGAAGCACUUUUUGGGGAUUGCCAACACCACCCAAACUUUGUUGCGUCCUGAGUUCACAGACGAGAGGAGGGCUGAGAUCAGGAAGCUGAUGAUUGCACUUCGGCGGGACUUUCCACAGCUGAAUAGGGCAGCUGCUUGGUAUCAAUCGCUUCUUGAGAGAAAGCCUGAGGAGAACUUGGAACCUUACACUCACCUGAGCUUCCUGGACAACAUCCCCGAUGAAGUCUAUCCUAGCAAUCAGCAGUUCAACAUCCAUUUCUAUGAGUUUCUCCGGAAUGGUUACAAGCCCAGCAUGGGAAGUGUCGACGUUCGCUUUGACCAUGGAGCUGGUGACCGGUCCCUCAAUGUCCACACGGUCAAGUUUGUUGACGGACAGACGAAGGUCUUGAUCAUGCUAGCCAUCGUUGGAUUUUGCUCAGAGCUGGAGCUGACGGAGGCGGACAUUUCGACCUCCCCACUUGCCCAUGUGUUGAGCACCUUCAUCUCAAUCAGGUGCCACUUUGAAUUUUUUGAGAACGAGUCCCACCAUUUUCUCCACAGCCUCAAAUUGGGCUAUGUGACAAGUGAAAAGCUGACGCCUAGCCCCAUUACCAUUGCAGCUGACAUCAACGCUGCAAUUGCUGUCGAGCGCCGGGCAUCACGAUCAUCAUCGAAAGCUGCGUUGAAAGACUUGCUCUCUCGCUGCGUUGCAGACUAUAACAAAAUGACAACGGUCAAGAAACACCGGAUAGAUUCCAGCCGGCGUUCCCUCAUAUACAACCUGCUGUUGGAUAGCGACAUCAGCACCUUGAUGAAGAGCGGUGAGGAGUUUGAAUGGGGGCGUGUCCCAUUUAUCCUUGAAGACCAUGCAGUGAUCCUUUGGUUGAAUUGUCCUGCCCUUGGUGUGAUCAGCGCGGGGCGCAUGAGCUUCAUCCUGAACUACAUAUCGAACGUUCUGAGCGACUUCCCGCUCAACAGUAUUUGCUUUGUGGUGCACCCCAAUCGUGCAGGGCAUACAGAUGGCAGGAGUGGGGGGGUCAGUGUAGUUGGGAGACACGAAGCUGAGGAUGAGGACAUGGAAACCAAAGUCAAAACGAAGGAGGAUGAUGAUGAUGCUGGCUCUGAUGACGAUUCGGACGAUGGCAAAGCAAAACGAGGUGAACAUGACGACUUGGUUCGCAGGGUUCGCUUCAAUCUGGAGAAUGACCUUUCGCUGCCUGAGCGCAAUCUCAAAGUCAAGAACGUGACCUUCGUCUUCGAACCAGAGUCCGUGUACGGAAAGCGAGAGGGAGCUCUUCAAGGGCUCUGUGUCGUGAGCAACAACCCCAAGAAUAUCUUCCGUCAAACGCGCGGCUUCAAGACCGGGGUGGUCCACAGCAUUUCGAUGCUGCAGCGCUCUGAGAUGGUAAAGCCAGACCACGUUGCUGGGGGCACGGACUUCAUCCAAAAGACGCUGCAGAGUUUCUCCGUCCCCUCAGUGGGAGCGAUUGCAAUGAUGGAUUUGCAUGGCUACGAUGGCUGCCCUGCCCUGUCUUGCGUUGAGGACAUUGCCUCUGGCAAAAGAAGCGUGUGCGGGACUAUAUGUCUUGACCACACAGGCGCAGAUAUGCUGCAGAGAGUUGGGAACAAAAUCUAUGAGAGUUGUCGGUCCCAAUCACUCAACCUUCCUGGAUUUCCAGCCUUCGAACCUGUGCUAUCUGCUCUUCGCAGCCAGAAUGUUGUUGAUCGGCACAAAUCCUAUAGAGUUUCAGCUCAACAACAUGACGCCCUCUACAUCUUGGAGGUGUAUGCCAAGAAAUGGCUUGCCACGGAAUCCACCAAGGAGCGAGCCCAGCAAGUCAUCGAAGACCACAACAAAGAGUUCAAUCCCACUGAGAAGACGGAAGAAGCAGAGAUCAAAACAGAGCCACCACCUGCAAAGCGGAUCAAACUCGAGACGAUGACCGAGCAGGACAUAUCCAAGAUGCCCAAGGAAGCGGACGAGGUCUUGGCCAAUGCUGAAGGGAGAUGGUUCUCCUUCACAGUUUCCGCUGCAGAGACUUUCUUUGUUCUGGAGCGGAAGGAUCUCGCCAACCAUUUGGCCAAGCUGGAAUGUGUAGACACCGCAGUGACCCUACAGAGCUUGAUCUGUGAUCUACAGGACGCUGGAGAGGUGAAGCUUGAGCUAUCUCACCACAAAGAGGAAAGCGGAACCUUCACAUCUUCGAAGCCUUUGGUGUUUUGCUUGGACGAGCCGCCCCAGGACAUCAUCUCGGAGACGCUACCGGAUGCUGACACGCAGACUCCGCAAAACAUUGCUGAGGACCCCUAUCAGCCGGUGGAGGAGGAGACUUUGGAACUUCCGGAUUCUGAAGCAGCACCUGAUGCCUCCGUCAAGUCUGAGGAAGGGUGGGUCACACGAGAACAAGUGCAGAAAACCCAUGAUGCCAUUACCGAUUGUCUCAGCCUUCUUGAGCCAUUCAUCCACCCAAACACCACUCAUGAAAGCACGCAGGAACCAGCGGCAGAAAUUUGUGGGACUUCACAGGGGCCCGCUGGUGCUGAGUACCAUCCAGAACACAUCGAAGAGAGUGCGCAGGAACCAAUAGUUGAAAUUGAUGAGGCUUCCAGUGGAAAUGGUGGCGAUGAUGAACAUCAUCCAAGCCAGAAUCAGCACCCACCAGUGGCUGAAACAACCGCUGGAAAUGACUCUGACGGACUCUUCCAGGAAUCAGCGGCUGAAACUCCUGAGGCUUUGAAUGGAACCCCUAUGGAAGCUCAGGAAGCCUCUGCUUCCAAGAAAGAGAUGGACGCAGCUCAGGAGAUCCUGACUGCACCUGUCACUUCAAAGAAUUUGGCAAGGAAGUACUCCACUCUGGUGGGAAUCCUGAAGGGCUCCACUCCUUGCCCUAGGUUUCAGGCAGGCGAGCUCCCUGAAGAGGCUGAUAGGAUUGCAAAGAUCCUUGAAAAGCGAUCCGGCAAGAAGAAGAAGAGGGGGACAGCCUCUAAGGUUAAGGGGAAGAACUGUCAGGUCCUCUCACCUCUCUCCCACAGAUUGACGAUUUUGAGGGCAGCCAAGAAGGCCUGCGAGCAUCGUAAGCAUGCCAAGCAUUCCAAGCGUGGCAAGGUGGCACCGAAGGCAGUGGAAUUUGAACAGUCAAGCGGAUCAUCCAAGAGAAAGGCUGUCUACUCUACUGCUUGGAAGAAGGCAAAAAAGGAUGGCUUGGAGGGUGAUGCGAUCCGCCUGGUGAUUCGCUCCAGGAACGAGAACGACGGAGUUGACGCCGACCAAGCCGACGUGGAUGGAGCCGAUGUCACGGGCGCGCACCACUGGGCAGCCAUCCACAGGGAAGCCUUUGCCCCACCUGCGCCGGCCUCACAGCUUGAGCGCCAGAAGCGGAUGGAGCACCUGUUGCGGCGCCGGAAGCACGGCCGAGAGGAGGAGGCGCCGCGCAGUGCUCGUGGCCUUCGCAGUGGCAGCCCAUCGCUGCCACCCAUCGAUCAGGCUGAGGUACGGGAGGAGCGCUGCUGCAACUUUGCGAAGCACCCUCUCCUUUGCUGUCAGGGCACAUCACAGGCUCAGAAGGCGCCGCGCCACGUCGUGCGCUUGGAGCGGCGUCCUGGGAUGGAGCGCUUGGGCUUCGGCAACGUGGUGGCUGGACCGCGGGAUGCGCCAGUGUCUGUGAACGGUGUCUCGCAGGAUGUGCCGCGGAUGAGGGAGGAGUUGCGCUCGCAGGUGGUUGAGAUGGAGAUCAUGGCACCUGAGCGUUGGAGGUCACGCACUCCGCCUGAGAGGCCACAAAACAUGGAGUUGGUCAUUGGGUGGAAUGGAGUGUAUCAGCCACCCAGCCAGGAGGCCGGACAGACGCCCGGGCCCAGCUUCCCUCAGAUGGCGGGGCUGAUCAGUGCAGCAGAGAUGAUGAUGAAGGUGAGCCUGAAGAAGCCCAGACCAAGGCUUGAUGUGCCUUGCCCCAUGGCUGGCUGGUGCUUGAUCAUGCUAGUUGCUUUAAGGCUGCUGAAGCGCCUGAGACAAGCCCUUCAAAAUGGCCAACCCUUCGUCGUCAGCGACUUCCUCUUCGAGCCGGUUGCAGAAGCCUUGCUGGGACAGAUGCAGCAACUGAGUGACCGACAAGAUGAUCAAGACGAGAGUGGCUAUCCCUUUCAGCGAUUGACUGAAGGCCCCUUGGCCGAUCCACCAGAUGACUGGGAUCCGUUGGAAGCUAUGCCCUGCAAGCGCGUCGUGGACGACUUCCAGGCGAAGCGCGCGCAACGCUUCGCCUUCACCGGGCACAUCUUGGUGGGCAGGAAAGGCGACAAGCACAACGCUUGGUACUCGGCUUUCCAGAAAGCGAUGCAACAUCCGGCAGUACUGCACUUCUGGCAGCAGCUGUCGGGUAUACCCAGCUGGGUCACUGGCUAUGAUCCCUCUUGGUCCUGGCUCCGCGAAGGUGAUUUCUACGGCCUGCACGCAGAUGAUGCUCAGGUCCGAUAUUUGGCCGUGACCAUUCACCUGGUCAGCUCUUGGUCUCCAGAGCAGGGGGGUGAAUUGCUGUGGUGCGGCCCCGAGGGUGAUGACUUCACUUUGCAGGUGCCUGAUCGGCCGCACUUCCAUCGGAGCUUCAACGUCUCCAGGAACGGAACCUCGUUGGUGCCUGGCUACAACGUGGCGGUGCUGUUCCCGGUCUACAGGAACAGCUACCAUGCUGUUGCUCCUGUCAAGCCUGGUCCUGGUAGACGGUUCACCUUGCAGGGCUGGUAUGUGGACCCAUGUCAGUUCUCCAAAGCCAAGAGCAGCUGCAUGCCUAAGGCGACGAAAGACUUCAAGGCCUGGUCAGAAGAAAUGGCAGAGAGGUCAGCGCAGCACUUGGCGCGGAUGAGCCGCAAAAAGAUGCACAGCGAGUUGUGA